AUGGAUGCAACCAGUGUGGGAAAACCUUCAGCCACAGCUCCUCACUCAGCCAGCACAAGCAGAUGCACACAGGAGAGAAGCUGUUCGAGUGCAGUCAAUGUGGGAAGGCCUUCCGGCAGAGCACAUGCCUCACUCAACACCAGUGAAUCCACAGAGGGGAGAAGCCCUACAAAUGCAAUGACUGCAGCAAGGCAUUCAGCCACAGCUCAUCCCUCACCAAACAUCAGCGAAACUACACUGGGGAGAAGCCCUACAAAUGCAACCAGUGUGGCAGAGCCUUCAGCCAGCUUGCUCCCCUCAUUCAGCAUCAGAGGAUCCACACAGGAGAGAAAUCCUAUGGAUGUAACCAGUGUGUCAGAGCCUUCAGCCAGAGCUCCCUUCUCAUCGAACACCAGAGGAUUCACACCAAGGAAAAGCCCUACGGGUGCAAUAAGUGUGGGAAAUCCUUCAACCACAGCUCCUUCCUCAGCCAGCACAAAAGGACACACACUGGGGAAAAGCCUUACAAGUGUCACGAUUGUAGAAAGUCCUUUAGGCAGAGCACCCACCUCACUCAGCACUGAAGGAUCCAUACAGGAGAGAAGCCAUAGCUCAUCCCUUUCUAGAUUUGACCCAAUCAUACACAUGAGAAACAUAUAUUCAUACACAAGUCUUUUCACAUGGCACACCUCUCAGACACCCUCAGAGAGUUUAUACUGA